AUGGCGGAGCUGCGCGGGAGGCCCGGGACGUGGGGCGGCCUCUGCCUGCGGCUCGGCCAGGCCGCGCUCGCCGCCGCCUCCAUCGCCGUCAUGGUCUCCUCCGCCGGCUUCGCGGGAUACACCGCCUUCUGCUAUUUGAUCGCGUCGAUGGGACUGCAAGCGUUGUGGAGCUUGGGACUUGCGUGUCUUGAUGGAUAUGCCCUCAAAGUCAAACGGGAUCUCAAUAAUGCUGUCUUAGUGAGCUUGUUUGUCGUCGGAGACUGGGUUACUGCAAUUCUCUCGUUUGCUGCUUCAUGCUCAGCUGCUGGUGUUAUAGUUCUUUUUGAAAAGGACAUUUCUUUCUGCAGAAGAUACUACCAACUGCCUUGCGGGAGAUUUCAACUCGCCACGGCGUUGGCUUUUCUUUCUUGGUCACUAAGUGCUACAUCAGCUUUCAUCAUGUUUUGGCUCUUGGCAUCCUUCUGAUUUUGUAUAUAAUCCUGUGUAGCUCUUUUUAUAGUGUCUCCUUUUGGUUUCUGCUCACUUGAGCAUUUACAUAGGAUGAUUUUCCAGACAUGUAACAGACCAGAGACCACACAGACCAAAACAUGGAAAUGUUGGGAAUUUGCAAACUCCAUGGAGCCAUUUCCUGGAAUUCACUGAAAAGCUUUGCGCAA